AUGAAGUCUGAGGAUUAUAGGUCCAAAAUCGAGGAUCUACUGGAGCCCCAGACUUAUAAGUUACUGAAGAAGGAUCCUACUGCCUUAAUUGUCAGAAACACCAACAGACUCAUCAAGGCCUCCUCACUCCCGGAACAUCUGAAAUCAAAAUUAAUUAACUCGGAAGCUCAACCACCACGCCUUUAUGGACUACCAAAAAUUCAUAAAGCUAGUGUCCCACUUAGACCGAUAGUGAGUGCUCCAGGAUCGCCUACUUACAACUUAGCUAAAUACUUGACUACGAUCCUACAACCGAAAGUCGGCAACACAAACUCUUAUGUGAAGGACUCAACGCAUUUCGUCCAAAAGCUAAAAGAUAUAAAACUGGAACCAUCUGACAUCAUGGUAAGCUUCGAUGUGGUAUCUCUAUUCACGAGAGUACCCCUAGGCGAGUCAAUGGAUCUAAUCAAGGAAUCAUUCCCACCUGACAUCGCGGAGCUCUUCCGAGUGUGUCUGACUGGUAGCUAUUUCUUAUGGAACGGCAAUUACUACGAACAAACAGAAGGUGUCGCAAUGGGUAGCCCAAUCAGCCCAAUAAUUGCUAAUUUCUUUAUGGAGAGAUUUGAAGAAAAAGCGCUAGAGUCAUCCGUUCUGAAGCCCGCUGUAUGGUUUCGUUAUGUGGACGAUACAUUUGUGGUUUGGAAACAUGGACGUGACAGCCUAGAUGACUUCCUUCAUCACCUUAAUUCGCAGAGCCCGAGCAUAAAAUUUACCAUGGAAACCGAAGUAAACAACCAACUGGCCUUCCUCGAUGUGCUUGUCAAGAGAAAUGGCGACCUUUUGGAUCACACCGUGUAUCGAAAACCCACUCAUACAGACCGGUACUUACACAAACUAUCAAAUCACCAUCCAAGCCAAAAACAGGGGAUUAUCGGAACAUUAGCAAAUAGGGCAAGACGUAUCUGUGCUAAUGAACACAUCCAAGAGGAACUAAGUCAUUUAAAUAAAGCCUUUCUUGCCAAUGGCUAUAAUGACAGAGAAAUAAAGGCGGCGCUGGCACCUAGGCAGAGGAGACCUGACGCCAAUGAACAGGAAAACAUCAUUAAUAAGGCCUUCCUUCCAUAUGUUUCCCAGGUCACCGAUAGGAUUGGUAAAGUUCUCAAGAAGCAUAACAUCAAAACCAUAUACAAACCUACCCGAAAAAUAAGGGACUGCUUAAGACCAGCAAAAGACAAAAGAGAACCAUUAUCCUCUGCAGGGAUCUACCGUAUACCUUGUUCCUGCGGUAGCGUAUAUAUUGGAAUUACCAAACGCUCAGUAGAAACGAGACUUACGGAACACAAGAGAAACUGCAGAUUAGGGUAA